AUGAUGAUACUCUCCACCCUCCUUUCUUUCCUUGCAUUCUUCACUGCGAUCAACUGCGAUUUUAGCCAUUUAUAUAUCAAGGAACCAAAUCAAGGAAUAUCGUGGAGACCGGGGUCAAAUGUGGCCAUCAAGUGGACAAAUAUUGGUGGGGAGCUUCAUCCCAACGCAUUAAUCUCCAUUGACAUCAUGGACGGAGAUGCACAGAGUGCCGAUCUAAUCGCUCAUGUUGGAAGUAACAUUCCAGCAAGCGCCAACGAGUACAACUGGAUUGUCCCGGUAAACAUGGAACAGCGAUCGGACUAUUUCGUCAGAAUGUCAUCCACCGAUCCAUCUGGUGUUUCGUAUUUCUAUUCCGGACGGUAUUCUGUUGCUGGAGAAGCUAUGGGAGCUACAUUGGUUUCACAGCCAUGGGAGCAUGAAAUUAGUUCCACUGCCAAGCCAAAACCCACAAAUGUGGUAGUUCCAACAACCGCCCAUGAUGCAAGUACUGCGCACGUAACUGAGACUGUAGAAGAUAAGACCACCUCAUUGAUGCCCACAAGGACCUCAAACGUUAUUUCUACUGCAGCUAGUUCGAUUAUUUCCGAAAAAGAGACGAUGGCCACUUCAUCUGUCAAGCCUCAAUCCAGUACUCAAAGGUCAGAAUCGACGACUAGCAGUGAAGAGGACAAAUCAUCUGCCAAUUUACCUGUUCUUUCAUCGUGGGUGCUUAUUUCUAGCGCCACCAUUUUUUUGAGCGUGUUUCUUAUUGGAGUAGCUGUGUGA